AUGGGUGAUAAUGGUGCUAUAUCUAGAGAACCAACAAAAGAAUAAAUUGCAGAAUAUAAAGAAGCAUUUUCUCUUUUUGAUAAAGAUGGUGAUGGUAUUAUUGAUAUUAGAGAUUUAGGGUUACUUGUGAGAUCUCUAAAUAAAAACCCAACAGAAUAGGAUUUAGAAGAAAUGGCAUCAGAAGUAGACCCUUUAGGAAAAGGAAAAGUAGAAUUUCCAGAUUUUUUAAGUAUGAUGGCAAGUAGAUAGGAUGAUUGUGAUCCAGAAGAAGAAUUAUAUGAAGCAUUUAAAGUAUGGGAGAAAGAAAAACCUACUAUGUUUGUAAAUGUUUUGAAGCAUCUUGUAAUGAAAGGGAAAGAGCCAUUCACUGAAGAUGAAGCUGAAGAAAUGAUAAAAGAACUUGGAGGAGAAAGCUAAACUGAAUUUAAAAUAGAAGAUUUUAUAAAAUUAGUAUUAUCAAAUAUGAAUUAAAAUUGA